AUGGACCACAUUCUUAAAGACAAUAAAGAUGACACCGAAUCGCCGUAUCGCAAUUUACAUUUAGAAGAAAUAUCUAUUUCUUCAAAUGUCGAAAAUGAUAUUGAAGAAAGUUGUUCAUCAAAAGACCGUUAUAGUGACGAUAAUAGUACAGAUGAAUCAUAUUCAUUGGCAUUAUCUCAGCAGUUUAAUAGCAAAGACGAUGAGAAUUAUGAUGAUGAUAAUGAGCUUUAUAGUUCUCAUGAAAUUUUCACAAGUUCAAUAUCAACAUCUCCAUUUCCAUGUGAUCCUUAUGAAUCAUAUGACUGGGAAUCUUAA